GUUGGAGUCACAAAAGGGUCAAAUGUUUCUUGAAGACAUACAUACCUAUGAGAGUCCACCGUCGCCUCUCGAUGAUCAUCGCAGGUUGGUUUGUUGGUUUGCCCCUCUCUUUCUCUUCCACAGCCUAUCUCCAUUUUUCCCCCUCCAUCCUUUCCUUGCACGUUAUCUGCAUCAUGAACGCACUGACCUUUGUUGUAACGUCCGCCUCUUGGAAGUUCAAAAAAUAUAAAUAUAAAAUUCAAAUGAAACCACGAAAGCACAGAGACUAUUUUCCUCAUGUAGUCAUUUGUUGUUCCCCUCCUGACUCCUGCGGUUAAUUACUAGUCAUCGUCAAGCCAUUCUCCUGCCCUUUUAAGGCACUACGGCCGAAUAGGAGGAUCCCCACAUCAUCUUCCCCCCUCCGAGGUUAUUGCCUAGUACAGACUUGUAUGUACCUACAGCGGACGUACCUAGCUAGCUGUGGUUUUGAAAGAGAGGAGCUUCCGUUGCGCUUCCGUUUCCCCCUUUAAGCUCCUUGCAUUGUUCGGGAUAAAAUCAGUCAAUAUUAAACAAGUAACAAGCACAACUCAGAGAAGAUUUCUAGCAGGAAGGGGACGG